AUGGAUAACAGAAGUACAGCUUCUAUGGCUAAUGAACUCUGGUAUCAGAGAUAUUAUCAUCAGCAUAACCAACUUCAGCAACCAACAAUUGGUAAUGUUGGCAAUAAUAAUAUUACUAAUCAAGCACAAUUACUAAAUAUUAGUGAUAAUACUCCACCUUCUAUUGGUGGAUUAAUUACAUCAUCUACAACAGCUUCAAGUCAAUCUCAAAAUUCUAAUAUUACUACACCUGUGUCAACAAACAAUAAUUCUAUUAAUGCUUAUAGUUCACAUACUGGUGUUAAUCAACUUGGAGGUGUAUUUGUUAAUGGUAGACCACUUCCAGAUCAUGUACGUAACAAGAUUGUUGAAUUAGCACAACAAGGUGUUCGUCCUUGUGAUAUUUCUCGUCAACUUCGUGUAUCACAUGGUUGUGUAUCAAAAAUUCUUGGACGUUUUUAUGAAACUGGUUCAAUAAAACCUGGAGUUAUUGGAGGUUCUAAACCUAAAGUAGCUACACCAAAAGUUGUUAAUUCAAUAACAUUAUAUAAACUUCAAAAUCCCACAAUGUUUGCAUGGGAAAUAAGAGAAAAAUUAAUAGAAGAUCGUAUAUGUGAAGCAGAUAAUGUUCCAUCAGUUAGUUCUAUUAAUAGAAUUGUUAGGAAUCGAGGAAAUAAAAUAUUAUUACAAAAUAAUUCUUCAUCAUCUUUAGGUACAACAACAUCUUCAUCAACAAAUAAUAAUUAUAAUUCUAUAACAACUAACAUAUCUAAUUUAAAUCAAUCAAUUCCUCCAAAUUUUUCAAAUCCCUUUGAUCAUCAAUCUCAUGCUGCAUAUUCAAUUAAUAAAUUAUUAUCAUUACAACAAAAACAAUUUAAAGCUAUGGAAUCUGUUCAUGGAAAUGGACAACCAAUAUGGCCAAAUCCAUAUACAAGUGUGGUAAAUUCAAUUACUACUAAUAAUCAAACAAUAUUUGAUAGUAAUCAAAUGUCUCAUCAUCCAAUGUUAAGACAACAACAUGAAAAUAUUUUAACAUCAGAUCAAAAUGUGUUUUCGAAUAGUAAGUACAACAUAGAUACGGCCUUAAAUAACCAAUCUUCAACAAAAUGGUGUUCGUUAGGAGGUCAAGUAAAUACAGGAAUAAUGCAAUCACAUUUAAUGAUACCAAAUGGAACAAAUAUAGGGGAACCGCAAAUAACAAAUAUGGAUAGAAGGCAUAAUAUUAAUAACACAAAUUAA